AUGGAUAAUGGAGAUAAAAGUUUGAUGAGUCACCUAAGAUGGAUAGAAGAGUAUGUUGAUGGAGUGAAUUAUUUUCUUGAUAAGGUAUUUGAACGAGCUUCUCAAGGAAAUGAGAUAUUAUGUCCUUGCAAGAAGUGCAUGAAUCGCUAUUGGCAUUACAGAAAUGUGGUGGAGGAUCACUUGGUUGUUCAUGGUUUUGUUGAUAAUUAUACCAAAUGGGUUUUUCAUGGAGAAGGGGUUUCAUCGAGAAAUACACCGCAUCCAAUAAAUGACGAUGAAGGUUCUAACUUGCGUGAUGACAUUGAUGGACUACUUCAUGAUACAUUUAGAAAUGUAGAGGGUGAGUCAGGGCAUGAAGAAGUAGUGCGACACGGUUUAUCUGCAGAUGCAAAGAAAUUUUUUAAAUUAUUGGAGGAAGGGAAACAAGAGUUAUAUCCAGCAUUCUCAGACUUGUUAGAUUUGAUAAGAGAGGCAUUUCCCUUUGCUCAGAUACCAGAGUCUUUCAAUAAGGCUAGACAAGUGAUUAAAGAUUUGGGUCUUCAUUACGAAAAAAUACAUGCAUGCCCUAACGACUGCAUGUUAUUUUGGAAGGACACCGAGAAAGCAGAUAACUGCUCUGUCUGUGGAACUUCUAGAUGGAAGAGUGUUGGUGAUGCCUCGACUAAUUCACGCUCUAAAAUUCCUGCGAAGGUUUUAAGGUACUUCCCCUUAAAGCCUAGGCUGCAGAGGAUAUUCAUGUGUUCUGAAACAGCUGUUGCAAUGAGAUGGCACGCUAAUGAACGACCCAAUGAUGGAAAUUUAAGGCAUCCUGCUGAUGGGGAAGCAUGGAAGGAUUUUGAUCGUUUGUACCCAGACUUCUCUCGAGAUCCUCGUAAUGUUAGAUUGGGUCUGUCAAGUGAUGGUUUCAACCCAUUUAGAACCAUGAGUAUUUCUCAUAGCUCGUGGACUGUUAUGUUGAUGAACUAUAAUUUAUCACCAUGGAUUUGCAUGAAGCCGGAGUAUAUUAUGUUGUCAAUGAUCAUUCCAGGUCCAUCAUCUCCAGGAAAUGAUAUAGAUGUGUAUCUACAACCACUAAUUGCAGAAUUGAAGGAACUAUGGGAACCUGGGAUAGAAACAUAUGAUGCUGAAACCGACCAAACAUUCCGAAUGCGUGCAGCCUUAUUGUGGACAGUUAGUGAUUUUCCAGCAUUAGCAAUGCUUUCAGGAUGGAGCACCAAGGGAAAAUUGGCAUGCCCCACUUGUAAUUAUGACACAUGCUCCCAAUAUCUCAAACAUAGUCGUAAGAUGUGUUACUUGGGUCAUCGUAGAUUUUUUCCUUCUGAUCAUCCAUUGCGAAAAGAUAAGAAGUCGUUUGAUGGUAAGGAGGAGCAUAGACCAGCACCUACACCUUUGUCGGGUAUAGAAGUGCUUGAAGAGCUGCAUGAAUUCAACAAUGUGUUUGGAAAGGGCAAAAAAAAGGCCUCGAGAUAA